AAUCAAAACAAAUUAGAACUUUGAAAUUAAAAGCUAGUAAAGUCUAAAAAAAGACUUAAAGAUUCAACUAAUUUUAGGUACCAAAUUUUAGGAACUACAUGCAUUUUCCUUUUAUUUUAAUCAGAUUAGUCAAAUAUUCAAACAAGUCAGUUUGGUCAAAUUUGAGCAUAACAAACGGUUCCGAGCGAUCUUUCUGACAGAGAAUUAACUGGAACUAUUGUCAGACCGAACGCAAUCUCUUGAAGAACCUUUCAGUCAUGGUUGAUUCUUGUACACUUGUUCCCUUAUCCUGCCUUUAUCUCUGUUUCAAGCUGAACAAACCAAAACAUAUUGGAGGAUAAAAGCGUCAGUCACGCAUGUGGAAUAUUGCACUAGACGAGAGCUUAUGCAAUGGGACUGAGAGUGACUAAAGAUGUCAAGAUUUAUCCAGCUGGCACACCGGAUUCAAGUUUCUGUCGAUGUCGUAAGAAAGAAGAAGAAGAAGAUGAGACUUGAUGGGAUCGUCAGGGCUAUUAUCAUGGGUAGAUUGGGAGGAUAAGCUUCAUUUUCCGCCUGAGGUGAAAGAAAUAGAUAUCUCAAAGCAUAUAAGAGACUUGAAGCAUUUAGAGAUCACCAUCAAUGCGAUAUGUGAUGCUGCGUGUAAAGGAAUGUGCUUGAAGUGCAGAGAGUACCAGUUGAUACAACUGGAGCUGGUGAUUCUUUUGUUGGUGCAUUUUAUUGUCUCACUAGGCAAAGAUGGGUACAUACACGAUGAUAAAGGAAAGCUGAAGGAAGCUCUUGCAUUUCCAAAUGAUUGUAGAGCUGUGUGUUCAACUCAGAAAGGAGCUAUUCCUGCUCUUCCCACUCCAUCUGAUGCUCAACAGCUCAUGAAGUCUAAGUCCAAAUAGCUUUACCUUUUUUUCUUCUUUCUGAAAUGGUACUGAAGUAUUGACUUAGUUCAAAAUAAGUUUCAAGUUGCUUCCUAAACUGAUUCCAGUAAUGACAAAGAGGGGCAAAACAAAUCGAGAUUCUCUAUUGUUUCUAUUAUGAAUGCUGUUUUUUAAACAAAUGAUCAAAAGUAAAACCUGUUCUUGGCAACA